UCUCAUACAAUAUUGCUGAUCCAGCCAGGAAAAAGGGCUGAAACAAGAACAUACUCAGAUUAUGAAACUUUAGAUGAGUGUAUGGAGGGUGUGUGUAAAAUAUUUGAAGAACAUUUAAAGAAGAUGAACCCAACCAGUCCUUCUAUAACUUAUGACAUUAGCCAGUUGUUUGAUUUUAUUGAUCAACUCUCAGACCUUUGCUGUUUAGUAUUUCAACCAAACAUGAAUACAUAUGCACCCUAUAAUAAAGACUGGAUAAAAGAAGCUAUUUAUGUUAUGCUUCGAAAACAGGCAGGAAAACAAUGAUGUAGCAGUUGGCAGGUGACAGUCCAUGUGAUAGUCUCCAAGACUUACAACAGAGCCUCAUAGAAAGUAACAAGGGAAGUGCUGAGUGAUAUAAUGCUCUGCUCCGUACAAUUCCAUUGAAGUGUUUGUUGGAUGUUCAAUUUUCAUCAGAAUUGACAUUAUUUGUUAUCAAGGCCAACACAUUAUUUUUAGAAAUUCAGUUGAUAGUUAAAUAUAGAUUUUUGAUUUUUGAUUUUUUCUUUCAAUGUUGUUAUAAAGAUACAUAGAAAAUUUGCAAGAUAUUUCUCUUUUAACAAAAGCUUUGCCCAUAUUCUUUUUAAGACUCAAGAGUAAAGCUAUUGUGUAGUUCUGAAACAACAAUACAAAACACUAGACGGAAACCUGAAAUCAUGCUUGUAAAUCUCUACCAUAUUUGUCUUUUUGAGUAUCAUGUAUGUAAAACCUUGAGUUGAUGUAUGUUAGCAAUGAUAAUGAAAAAGAAUUGUAAGGAUCAUUUUUGGGAAGGAGUGUACCUGAAACUGUGUUAAAUUUGUUGUUUUGAAAUUGCCACCACAUUUUACUAUGAUUUAUUUCAUCUGUAUAAGAAAGAAUUGUUUUUAUACAGCACAGUAUGUAUAUUUUUAAAAUUGUUAUUGCAUUUUUCACAAUUCAUUUUCAUGAUGCUGUAGAACGAGGUGCAUUCCCAUUACAUAGUUUCAUAGUUACAUAGUUUUCAUCUCUAAUAACUGAUCACAAUGGCAUUGGUAUAUAUUUGACUAUAGAAACAUAGAAUCCAUGUUUCUUUGAAUAGAUGAAAUCCGUCAAAAGAUUUAACCAAUUUCAUCAGGCAUAUUCUUCAUCUUGAAAUAAGGUAGAGAAACAUUUAUAAUCAUAUUAAAUACUUGGCAAUAAUACUGGUAAUAGACUAUUAUAAAUGUAUCUUUAUACUAAAGUACUUUAUUAGUAAUGCUAUCCAAUAAAAAACAUCCGUAACCAUGCAUUCUACUAAUGUUGACCAGAUUUGUUUUUUAAGCCAAGCUAGCACAUUUAGUGCAAUUUGAUACAUACCUUGUUAUGCAAAGAACAAUUCAGUAUAUUUUUCUUCAACUUCAGUACGAUCUCAAAUAUGGUAAUCAGGGUUCUCACCAGCAUUUUAGAGUGAUGGUCGGUGACCACCCCCACCCCAGGAGGAGUGGUCGCCGACAUCAAACCCCCUCCCCCGGCUGACAAAAUCAAGUUAAUCAACUCGCUACUCUGGUAGUCGUGCAAUGAAAGUAUUUUGUUAGCCUACAUUUUUUUCCACUAUCAAUUGCAAAAAUAGUGGUGGUCGGCAGCCCAAAAAUACUGGUCGGAAAUGUUGAGUGCAGGACGGGACCAACUACCGCUGACCAGCGUGGUGAGAACCCUGGGUAAUGAAAAAACAACUUCCUUAUUUUUUAAAGAUAAGCUAAACACAUGAAAAAAAAUCUAUUGAAUUAUACAGUAAGAUAUUAAGCAUCAUCAAGAAUUAGUAUCUGUUAGCUAACUAAUUAAUCAACUAAGUAAAGAAGUUUACCCUCAGUAAGAUAUACCAUGCAUUUCAACAUAGCCAAAAAGACUUUAUCCUCAAGAAAGAAUACAAUGUAUAGCAAUGCUAAAGCAAUUGCUGAUAAUAAAUGAAUAUGUGCUUUCUGCACCAACUACUUUUAACAGUGCAUUCUGCAUUUCAAGCUUGAAAAGUAAUUCCUAAAAAGCAAACUAAACAACUGUCAAAGAAAAUAUCCAUUAAUUCAAAUAAAAAAAGAGAAAUGUAAAUAGGAGUUUAUGAAAAAAAAGCAUGGUUAAUCAAAUUCAAAUAAAUAAAUGUACAUUAAAUAAAAAAAUCUUGUGCUAGGCUUAAAAUAAAAUUAAUUCUGUGGGGGUGAGGGGAGCCUCUGCACCCCACUCCCCAAAAAAAAAUUAAACAGAAAAUGUAGGCCUACAUGAAAACCAAUAAGGUAGCAAAUAAAAAAAGAGAAAUGUAAAUAGGAGUUUAUGAAAUAAUAGCAUGGUUAUUCAAAUUCAAAUAAAUAAAUGUACAUUAAAUAAAAAAAAAAAAAUCUUGUGCUAGGCUUAAAUUGAAAUUCUUUAAAUUGAUACACCUUUUUUCAGUUUACAAAAUCAUCAUUACCAUUACUUUUUAUGCUAUGAUAUUGUUAAUGCAGUAUUAUAUGGUAUUCUUCCUAAUAGGGUAUUACUGUAUCUUCUAGUCUUAAAUAAGAAUCCAUUGGCAAAUUUAAGCUUUACUUCUACAAAAAUACUAUACAGUAUAUUGCAAGUCGAAUUACCAAUCAAAGCACAGGUUUUGUGACAUAUCCCUGUCUAAAGGUUGUUUUGUUUUGGAUAACUUCAUCACAUGUUUUCUUUAUGUGUUAAAGCUUAAAUACCGUAUAUCAGUGCUUUGGGGCAAUUAGUAAUUUAAAAAAAAGUAUUUUCUUUGAAUAAAUUUUGGCUGCUGUUAUUUUUGAUUAUUUUCUUAUUUAACUACAGGUAUUUGUAAUUCUUGGGUAUAUGUCUAUACUUUUUAAGUUUGUUUUCAUUGUACCAGCAAUUUCCCCUGGAAAAAUCCCUAGGGUAUGGUUUGCAUGUAGUAUUUCAGAAAAUAAAAACUUUUAAUUGGGCAUCAGUGUGUUUUCUUGUUCUGUGGAUGCACUAGGUAUAUGCCCAAUUACAUGUUCAAGGGGACGGGAUUACCUGAGGAACUACUGGAUGCAAUUACUAUAUUUCAUCAAAUACACAUUUUGAAUUGUAUUACCACUUUUACAAUUUGUAAUAAUAACCCAAAUUACUGUAUUUGAUGUUUUUAUCUGUUAGUUUGUAGUUGCAAGAAAGUAAACUGCUUUUCAGAAAUGUACAGUAAUUAGAUUGCCUGAUCGGUUUUGCUUUGUUUAAAAAAUUAUUUGAUAUAAAAUUUCAUUCCAGUACAGAAUGGCUUUUGUCUCUACCUCCUCAUUAGUGGAUAGGUAACUACUGUACACCAUAUUUUGAUAACGUUUGAAAUUAAAAAUAAACAGCUUAAGUA